AUGGAGGACGGUAGCUCUGACGAAUAUACUCCUGGGACAGAAAGUUUUGUGGACUCCGUACUAUACGGCCUCAAGGCGCUUGGGUGUGGCUGUAUCAUGAUGCUCGUUUGUCCUUGCCUCAGUCUUUUGUACCUCGUGCACCACUUCGUCCCGGAGCGGGUGGAAAGCUAUUUGGAAGGGCUGGCCGCAAGGCAUGAAGCGAAACUGCGCCGAGACACCGAGGAUACUGCGCCGCCUGUU